AUGAGGGCACUUAGUUUAGUGCCGCAUGCCAAGGCUAGUAACCAGAAGAAUGAGGGCGUGUACUUUGAGUACGAGCCUGUGGACCCUGAUGCGGCUGAAGAGAUUGCAGGACUCGAAGGAGAGGAUGAAGAGCAAUUUAGCUGGGCUCAACGCAGCCGCGACAGAAAAAAAGCUUAUCAGGACAAGACGCGCAACUGGAUUUCAGACGAUUCGCGGCGCCAGCGGAAGAGUGGCAAACGGGGCUGGCGAUCCAACGAUGCCGGGGAUAAGGACAGGCGAAAGGCAACAACAGCUGCGGAGAGGUCGGCCGCCGCUGUCCCCUCCGACGGUCCCGUGCUACCCAGCUUCAGCCCUGUGGAAACCCCCGCCAUGCGGACACGGGCAUUGACCCCCGAGGAGCUCCUAAUUAGGCCCACCAUCAGCACCAGCACCUCGAAGUCAGAAACGGCACCCACCCCUGCAGGCACCCUACCGAGUCCCAGCACCAUCAGCACAUCUGACGGGGUAAACAAUCAGAUUUCGAACGUUGGGGAAGCCCGGAGUAGUAGCUUGAAUAAUGCAAGCAGCAGCAGCAGCCAUGCCAGCGGCAGCAGUCCUGCACCCGUAACCGACACAUCAGCGCCGCAGGCGGCGGUUGGGGGGCCGGCGGCUGCGGCGGCAGGCUCCGACCGGCGGCAGCGGUUGCUACAGAGGAUGAAAGGAGCUGCCGCCGGCGAUGGCGGUGGGGCCUCCUCACCGGCUCCUGUUCCUAGGUCAGCGGAGGCAGGUCUCCAGGGGAGAGACGCGGGGACUGGGGAUGAGAAGGUUGUGGCGGGUGGCUCGUCGUACAGCGAUGUUGACGUUGCAGGAGGCGCAAUUGGGGCCUCGAACGCGGCCGCAGCUGCCACCGCAGCGGCAGCGGCGGCAGCGGCCUCGAGCACUGCGUCCGUGGCUAUGGGAGCGGACCUCCGCGCCCAGUUGACCGCCCUGGCGGACCAGCUGCCCCCGGAGUCCGAGUUGCCGGCAGACGCGCAGCGGGCCCGCUCCCUGUUGGCUUCAAUCCUUAACCCCAGCGGUGAGGACGUACGGGAGGUGACGGCCGGCGACGUCACGGAGAUGCUGCAGCGGGACCUGAGUGCGCAAGAGGAGUUCGCGGAGUGGCUGCGACGCGCGUCGAAGCGUGGCGGGGGGACUGCGGCCGCCGUCGCUGGUGAUGAGGGCAUGGCGGACGAGCUGACGGAGGCGGAAGCGGCGGAUCUGAUGGCGGCGCUGGCGAAUUUGGAUCUGGAAGGGGAUCUCGCGGAUCUCGGGGCAGAUUUAGAUUUGGGUUUGGGAGACGAUAGUGAUGAUAAUGACGGCGGUGGCGGGGACGCCGCGGUCGGGGCAGCUAUGCGGGAGGUUUCGGAGCUUCGGCAGCUGAUGCAACAAUUGGAUCAGGACGGCGGCGGCCCGGAGGAGGGGAACGACGGAGGCGCUGCCACUGCCGCCCGGGACAUGACGGACGAGCAGGUACUGGAGACGCUAAAGACAAGCGAUCCUGCGCUGUACGAGCUGCUCAAGGACGUGCCUGAGUUCGAUAAGUUGGAUCUAGAUCUGGAUCUCGAUUUGGAUCUGGAAUCUGCCGCGGAGAAGCUGACGGAAGAGGACUUGGCGGAAGCGCAGGCGGCGGGUGCUGGCGAUGAGGAGGAGGAUUUAGAAGAGCUGCUGCGAGACAUGCGCGGUCUGGGCCUUAUGCGAAAGGCCGGCGACGGCGGAGAAGACGAGGACGACGAGGUGGUGGAGGAUGAUGAUGAUGAUGACGACGGCGACUUGGCGCUGGGGGACCUUUUGGAGGGGAUAGACGAAGAUGAGGAGUUGGACUCGAGCACCCGGAUGCGGGCGCAAUUCGCACUGCAGUCUAUGUUCAACCAACCCGCUGACGAGCUGACGGCCAAAGGGACGCGCAGCGGUGGUGGAGGCGGCGACGGCCAGGUGCCUCCGUUGCCGACACAGCGCAGCACGACGGGCAUGGCCCGUGGCGCCGUCGCCGUGGACGACGAGGAUGGCGGCGCGGCACCGCCACCUGCGCUGCCUAGGCCCAAGCCUAAGCCUAGAUCUGCCUGA